CGGCAGGCCUAGCGCAUCUUCCGCCCGCGGAAGAGCGCGGAAGAGCGCGGAGAUGCCCGAAGGAGCGCGGAGAUGCCCGAAGGAGCCCGGAGGGGCCCGGAGGAACCCGAAGGAGCCCGGAGGAGCCCGAAGGAGCCCGAAGGAGCCCGAAAGACCGGGGCGGGCCGAGAACCGCGGGCGCCAAUGGCCGGGCCCGCCCCGCCCCCUGGCCGGAGACUUGAGGGGAUUGGCUGCCCGCCUCCCGCUGCGCCGCCGACCUCGUCGCCGCGCCACCGCCGGGUUCUCUGUGCCGCACGCGAGUCGUCGGCUUCAGUCCCGCGGAGCUGAGCCGGCGCGGUCGCAGUGGCGGCUGCUUUGCGGCGGGUUCGGGGCCCGGCCCCCGCCUGCGAAUGCGGGAGCCCGACCCGGGGCCUGCGGAGUCGGUCUCCGACGUGUGCGGGGCUGCAGCGGCCUGACUUACAGGCUCAGGUAUGUCCCCGUCCUGGAGGGAAAAGCGAGGCGCUCGGCCCGGAGCACGUGGCCAAUGGCGACCGGGGGUUCCCACGUGCUUGGUUCCAAGGCCCCCCAAUUGGCUGCCCCUUCGGAUAGAGGGCAUGUUGAAAACUACAGGCACAAGCCAUGGAAGCUGGAAUACUCUAAUGCUGGUAUUUUAACUGAUUUAUCCCAACUCUGCAGUUUACAACAUGCACAUGCCUCUAAUGAGGUCAGAUUCUUAUUUCACUUGUAGCAACCAUGUAUCCAGCGCAGGACAGCCCUGGCAGUGAGGGCAGCACAGCAGGUGUUCGAUUUCUCAUCUUGUCAUUUAGUUCUUACAACUUUGUGAAGGUGACGCUGUGCUCUCAUUUUACAGAUGAAGCAACCACAGGUUAGGGACUGACUCAAGCUCCUGUCACAUGUGUAGCCCUGACCACGGAUCCUCAUGUAACUUUCUGGCUAUGUGACCUCUUGGAAAGUUACUUCCCUCUCUUGGCAUUUCAUGUUGUAGCGUAAAGGUAGAAAUGCUGAAACAGAUGAGGCCAGUUUGGUCAGGGGAGAGCACAGAGGUAUUAAGAAUAUAAGCUCUUCAUAGUAUUUAGUUACAUUGAACCUACAGAAGUUGCAAUUUGGCACAAAGGGAGCAUCUGUCAGCAUGUUAGGUGGUUUUGAUGAAUGAGCAGAACGGCUAUGAAGGGGGAAUUUAAAGGGCAGGACAGUGCUAAACAGAGCCUAGUAUCAGCUAGUUCUUCCUUCUGACCUGCCCUGAUUGUCUGUAAAUACCUCGUUUUCCAGUAAUUUUAAAUAAAGAUAAUUAAUAUUCACCUUGGA